AUGGUCACAGAGACACGACAAGGUCGCCUGGCGGGCAAGACCGCGGUCAUUACCGGCGCAGCAGGCGGAAUUGGUCUGGAGACCACGGUUCUCUUCGCCAAAGAGGGCGCUUCCGUGCUCAUGGCCGACAUUUCAGAACCAGCCCUGGAAAGGGCCUUGGCAAAGGUCAAGGAACUCGUGCCCAACCACCCGCGCUUAGAAACCAUCAAAUGCGACGUGUCGAAGGAGUCAGAUGUCCAGGCGGCAAUCGAGUCCCAAGACAAGCAUGGAGGAAUCGACAUCAUCUUCAACAACGCCGGUAUUAUGCAUGCCAAGGACGAUGAUGCCAUCAACACCCCCGAAGACAUUUGGGACCUGACGCAUAAGAUCAAUGUUAAGGGCGUGUGGUAUGGAAGCAAGCAUGCUGUACUGUCCAUGCGAAGGAACAAGAAGACCAAAGGCUCUGUCAUCAAUGUGGCCAGCUUUGUGGCGUUGAUGGGCGCCGCCACACCGCAAUUGGCAUAUACGGCCUCGAAGGGUGCUGUCUUAGCGAUGACGCGAGAACUAGCCAUUGUGCAUGCCAGAGAGAACAUCAGGUUCAAUUCGCUGUGUCCGGGCCCGUUGAAUACUCCCUUGCUACAGGAUUGGCUUGGCGAUGAUCUGCACAAGAGACACAGGCGCGAGGUCCACUUCCCCAUGGGUCGAUUUGGUGAAGCUAUUGAGCAGGCGCAGGCAGUGCUCUUCUUGGCGAGUGAUGAGAGCAGCUUCGUCAACGCAACCGAGUUCGUGGUUGAUGGUGGCUUGAGCAAGGCCUAUGUGACAAGCGAGGAACCGCCGGCUGCUGGGCCCUCGAACAAUGUGCAUUGGUGA